GCCCCACGCUCAGUUAACUGUUAGUGUCAAAUUGUCAGUAUUGUUUAUGUUAAGUACAUUGUCAACUUGUCCAAGAUUAUAACUUUAUAUUUUCGAAAUAUACUUAAAAGAAAUAAUUCUAGAAUACUUACAAUCUUUAAUAUCUGUAGUAAAAAUAUCUAAAAAUGGAUGAUGAUGCGGAAACCUAUAAACUGUGGCGUAUUCGUAAAACUGUAAUGCAGCUAUGCCAUGACCGUGGUUAUCUAGUGACACAAGACGAGUUGGAUCAGACCUUAGACCAGUUCAAAGAACAGUUUGGUGAUAAGCCUAGUGAGAAACGGCCAUCCCGAAGUGAUCUAAUUGUGUUGGUGGCUCACAAUGAUGACCCCACAGAUCAGAUGUUCGUGUUCUUCCCAGAUGAAGCCAAAAUUGGUAUUAAGACAAUCAAAACCUACUGUACUAGGAUGCAAGAAGAAAAUAUUCAUAGAGCGAUUGUUGUUGUUCAAGCAGGUAUGACACCGUCUGCAAAACAAUCUUUAGUAGAUAUGGCACCAAAAUACAUUCUAGAACAGUUUUUAGAAUCGGAACUGCUUAUUAAUAUAACAGAACAUGAACUAGUACCAGAGCACAUUGUAUUGACACCUGAUGAGAAACAAGAAUUAUUAGCGAGAUAUAAAUUAAAGGAAAACAUGUUGAUGAGAAUACAAGCGGGUGAUCCAGUUGCAAGAUAUUUUGGUCUAAAAAGAGGGCAGGUGGUUAAAAUCAUUAGAUCGUCAGAAACCGCGGGAAGAUAUAUUUCUUACAGAUUAGUUUGUUAAGCUUAAGAUAAUACAUUAACGAAUAAAAUUACAUUUUUAUAAAA